AUGCCAGGGUACCACCCAACACCAGUUCUGAUGCUCUUUGCCAGUGUGCUGGUGACUUGCCUUGAGGCUGCUAAACUCACUGUAGGCUUCCAGGCCCCCUGGAACAUCUCCCAUCCAUUCAGCAUGCAAAGGUUGGGUGCAGGCCUCCAGAUUGCCUUGGACAAGGUCAACUCAGAGCUAGUGGACCUUGGAAAUUUCAGCUGGGAGUUCACUUACACCAACUCAGCCUGCAGCACCAAGGAGUCUCUUGCUAUUUUCAACAACCAGGUCCAGAAAGAACAGAUUUCUGCCCUGUUUGGACCAGCAUGCCCAGAAGCAACUGAGGUUAUCGGUUUGCUGGCCUCUGAGUGGAACAUCUCCAUGUUUGACUUUGUUGGACAAACCAAAAAGCUGUGUGACACCUGUGUGAAACUUGUGCCACCCAAGCAGGACAUUGGUGAUGUGCUCCAGAAAAGUCUCCAGUACCUGGGCUGGAAACACAUUGGGAUGUUCGGAGGCUACUCUGGGGCUUCCUCCUGGGAUGGAGUGGAUGAAUUGUGGAGAGUUGUACAGAACGAACUCAAUUCCCAUUUUAUCAUCACUGCCAGCAUGAGAUACACCAAAAAUAGUUUAGUCCUUCUUCAAGAGCAUCUUUGGAGGAUAUCAUCAAUUGCCAGGGUUAUCAUCUUAAUCUGCAGCUCAGAGGAUACAAAUAUUAUUCUGCUGGCUGCAGACAACCUGGGACUCAACACUGGAGAAUUCAUUUUCACCAUUUUGCAGCAGUUGGAGGACCAUUUUUGGAAGGAAGUACUGACAAAUCAGAAAAUGACGUACCUCCCAAAGAUGUAUGGGUCAGUGCUUCUCUCACUGCCCUCAGCUUACGGAGAAGGCCGUGGAGACGAAGGCUUUUGGAAACAAGUCUACCAAACGCUGAGGAGGCCGCCUUUCCGCAGCACCAUCUCCUCGGAGGAGCAGGUGAGCCUUUACUCUGCCUAUCUUCACGACGCCGUCCUGCUCUAUGCUGAGGCCGUGAAGCAGAUGGUAAAGGCUGGAGGCGACUUCCAGGACGGGCGGCAGCUGGUCAGCGCUGUGAAGGGUUCCAGUCCGGCCAGGUUGCAGGGUAGCUGGCUUACUGCUGGGGGGUGUUCUGAACUCAGACCUGCGGCUCCGGUCGGCGUGACUGCUGUGGUUCUCACAAUGAUGAUCCUGAUUCCUGUCUUGGGGGCUGCCAUCAUAGGUCUGAUUUUAAGGACACAGAGGGGAAAACUGCAGAGGCAAAACAAAGACAUCUGGUGGCAAAUCAAUUUUGACGAUAUCAUCAUUCUACCCCAGAACAGGCCACCCUAGAGAAGCAUACCUGUGUCAAGAGGCAUCACCAGUAACUCAUCUAGUGUGGUGAUUUCUGUGGACCUCAGCUCUUUUGUCAAGAGCCAGCAGGGGGAAGAGCUCUUCUAUGCCCCAAUAGGGCUUUAUCAGGGAAACCAUGUGGCCAUCCGCUAUGGUGGUCACCAAGCAGAAGCCUGGGUUAGGAAGCUGACUGUGUUACAGGAAAUACAGCUCUAUUGUAACCAUGAUUAUUUCUAGAUGGGUGAAUUAAGGCACAAGAACAUUGUUCCCUUCUUUGGUAUUUGCACCGAACCACCUAACAUUUGCAUUGUCACUCAGUAUUGCAAAAAAGGAAGCCCUAAGGAUGUUUUGAGAAACUCGGAUCAUGAAAUAGAUUGGAUAUUCAAACUCUCAUUUGCAUAUGACAUAGUCAAUGGCAUGCUUUUCCUCCAUAGGAGCUUCCUGGGCUCCCACGGCAACCUGAAACCUUCCAACUGCCUGGUGAAUGGUCGGCUGCAGGUGAAGCUGUUGGGAUUCGGACUGUGGAAACUCAAGUAUGGCCGGACAUACAGAACAUAUGAUGAGACAGUGGUUGAUUUUGCACCCACCAGCUAUUGGCAGCAUGAGCUCUACUGGAUUGCCCCAGAGCUGCUGCGGCUCCCGGAGGUGCCCUGGUCGGGUACUCCACAAGGAGAUGUUUAUAGCUUCACCAUUCUGAUGAGGGAGCUGAUCCACCACUGGGACCAUGGGCCCUCUGAUGACCUCCAUGAGGCACCGGAUGAAAUCAUCAACCAAAUCAAAGACCGUGCAGCAGCAGUCCCACUGCGGCCUUCCCUGCCCGAGGAGAAGGGCAGUGAAAAGAUCAUGGCCAUGGUGAGGGUAUGUUGGGAGGAAUCUCUGGAGAAAAGACCCAGUUUCUGUUCCAUCAAGAAAACUUUAUGAGAAGCCAUUCCCAGAGGCCAUGUGGGCAUACUGGCCAGUAUGAUGAGCAAGCUGGAAGUGUAUGCCAAUCACCUGGAGGAACUGGUGCAAGAGAGGACCAGCCGGCUGACUGCAGAGAAGAGGAAGGUGGAGAAGCUUCUGUGCACUAUGGUGCCCAGCUUCACUGGAGAACAACUCCUAGCUGGAAGGUCCGUGGAACCAGAACAUUUCGAGUCUGUGACAAUCUUUUUCUCUGACAUUGUUGGAUUCACAAAGCUAUGUUCUCUCAGCUCCCCCUUGCAAGUCAUCAAGCUCCUCAAUGACCUGUACAGUUUAUUCGAUCACAUCAUCACAAAUUACCGUGAGUAUAAGGUUGAGACCACUGGAGACGCAUAGGUGGUGGCUAGCAGACUCCCUAUCCGCAAUGGAAGCCAGCAUGUGGCUGAAAUUGCCACCAUGUCCCUGCACUUCUCAGUGCCACCAUUCAUUUGCUUCCAGACUGGGCAAUUGCUCCAGGAGAAGCUCCAGCUUCGGAUUGGCUUCCACACAGGUCCUGUGGUGGCUGGUGUGGUGGGAAUUACUAUGCCCAGAUACUGUCUAUUUGGAGACACUGUGAACAUGGCAUCCAGAAUGGAGAGCAGCAGUUUGCGGCAAAGGAGAGCAAACAACUUUCUGGUUGAAAGGUAA